CUGGCGUUGCUUCCGUCCUCAGAUAUCGAGAAGAGCUGUCAUCGACAGGUAGCUGUUUUUCCUUGUCUACCAAGCUGCCACAGGCAAGAGUGUCAUCAAUUGAGUUUCGACGUGUGUAUCACGAAGAACGAUUCCGAAGCGGAGAUCUUUGCUGAACGUCGUGUGUGGGUGCAGCAAUGGAGCAUUACAAACUGCUUUCUGUUUUGCUGGUCAUCCAGUUCUUGCAGCUUGUUGAUGGUGCAGGCAUGUACUACAUAAGUACAUCAUCCGAGUGUAUGGAUGGCUUCAGGUGGCACAAGGGCACUAGCGGGUGCCACGACAUUGACGAAUGCAGUAUCGGUACCGCCGGCUGUGUUGCAAGGGCGGUCUGCAUAAACCAGCCCGGUUUCUUUGAGUGUGCCUGCAAGAUUGGCUUCCGCGGCGAUGGUCGUCAGGAGUGUCUCAAUAUCAAUGAGUGUAUGGAGAGUCGGCACACUUGCCAUCAGAACGCAGUGUGCACAGACACAGAGGGGAGUUACACGUGUGCCUGUCCGGCUGGCUUCCAUGACAACGGAUCCCACUGUGCCGACAACAAUGUCAAUGUGAAAUGUGGUACACUACCAGCUCGUUUACUGCAGCAGUCGCAAGCAUUGUCAAACAAGUCCAAUAACAUCUAUCAAUGUGGACGAUCAGCUGCCGAUAUCAUUGUUCUGUUCGACGAGUCGCAAACAAAUGCAGGAGAGCUCCCGGCUCGGCUGGAAAUGAUCAUAGAAAGCCUUGACACAUCUCUUAAGGAGCAUGGAAUUGGUCUUUACCCAGGAUUUGAGAAUCAUUAUUCUCUUGUAGGUUUUGGUAACAAGGCACAAGUACCACGUGUCAUUCGCAAUGAUGAUGAGUCCCAAGUGUAUGACAUCAACGGAUUUAAGGAGGCUAGUCGAAAGCUGUUGAAGUCAGAACGAAGUGAAAAAGAAGAUGGUUACCAUGCUAUUAAGUUUGCUUUGGAGAGCAUCACUGAUCCAAAAUCCAAUGAGCAGCUGCUAAGAUUGAACCAGAAAAACGUAUCAGUAACUUUUCUGCUUAUCUCGGAUGAGGACCGAUUUCCUAUCCAACGCGAUAUUACCCGCUCAAAAAUGAAGACAAUGAUCAAGAAGAAUAACGUCCACCUCCAAGUUAUUGUCGACAACGGGCUUGAGGGGAGUGCUGUUGGUGUUGGCAGACGUGGGGGAGAUUACCUGCUGUUCUCACCAAAUAUGGAAGUGUCAGCUCAAAAUAAAAUGGGCAUUCAAACCAUGCUGAGAGAACAUUCCUACCUGCACACUUACCGAGACUAUACCUCACUUGCCUUGGUGCGUUCUGGAGCCAUGUGGGAUUGGAAUUACAUCUUCCAAUCCGGCCGAGUGGAGUCAUCGCACGUAGAUGCUUUUGUCAACUAUACUGUGUCGUCGGUCGAGCAUAGAGUUCACAAGUGUUGCUCGUGUAGAUGUGCCAGUGGCCAGGGGGAAACUCAUGGAGUGCUGCAUUGUGAGGCCACAGAUGGGAGCGAGUGUAAAAGCAAGAUUUGAUCAAUUGCUUAGCUGACCGUUCACUCUGUUUAAGCAGAUAACAAUAGCAUUCUCACUCAAGGCCAUAGUGUGGUAUAUGCCCAAGAUCGGGAAGAACAAAAAUCAACCCUCCAUCUCAUACCAGCUUUCACCAAUUCAAGCAGGC